CCCACCGAAAAUGUUCUGCCCCCGAUAUCUUUCUUCCUCAGUUCUCUUCCGAGACCGACCCGAAAACCCUCUGCAGUUGCAACCCAAAUAAUUAAACCGAAGAAAUGGAGGACAAACCGGCGGGCAGUCCAGCGGCGGCGACGCCAGGAGCAGAGGCGCCGGCGUCCGCGGAUCCACCAUCGUCGCGGCGCCGAGCUGGAGGGCUGAAAAGGAAGGCCAGCUCGCUGUCGACCUCCACCUCUUCCUCCUCCACUCCUUCCAAGCGGAUGACCCGAGAGAAAGCGGCGAUGUCGCUCUCCCAGGCUCAAAUUCACAAUGGCCCCUUCACUAGGGCGUCCCGGCACGGCCCCAGCACCUUCGGCUCUUCCUCCGAUGGCAGUGGGGCUGCUGGCGGAGUGAAGCUCGAGGAGAAGGAAAGGGCCGGUUUGGCGGCGGCGAUGGCGGAUGCUGCGGAGGAGGAGGAGCGGAACAGAUUGGAGGAGUUGGGGAAGAAGAUUGAGGCGGAGUUUGAAGCUGUUAGAUCUCGGGAUUCUAAUGCGCAUGUGGUGCCCAAUCACUGCGGGUGGUUUUCAUGGUCAAAAGUUCACCCUCUUGAGGAACGUGCAUUGCCUAUGUUCUUCAAUGGGAAGUCUCCUGAUCGAACUCCUGCUACAUACAUGGAGAUACGCAAUUGGAUUGUGCAGAAGUUCCAUACGAACCCAAAUGAACAAAUUGAGUUGAAAGAUCUAUCAGAUCUUGAAGUCGCAGACUUGGAGGCAAGGCAGGAUGUGUUAGAGUUCUUGGACUACUGGGGAUUGAUUAAUUUCCACCCUUUCCCACCAAUGGCAGAUACUUCUGAAAAUUCUGAGGGUGUAGAAACAGCACCUAAUGAUUUAUUGCUUGAGAAGUUAUUCCGGUUUGGACCAGUUCCCUCGUGCACAGAAGUUGCUCCCAAGCUGAGCUCCACUACUACAUCUAUGUCAUCUGGAUUGUUUCCAGAUUCUACAACUGCGGAAGAGUUGCUCUGGCCUGAGGGACCAUCAGUGGAGUACCACUGUAAUUCUUGCUCAGCUGAUUGCUCUCGCAAGCGCUACCACUGUCAGAAGCAGGCUGAUUAUGAUUUGUGUUCCGAUUGCUUUAAAAAUGGGAAGUUUGACCCGGACAUGUCGUCCUCAGAUUUUAUUCUCAUGGAACCUGCUGAGGCUCCUGGGCUUAAUGGAGGAAAUUGGACAGAUCAAGAGACCCUGCUUCUUCUCGAGGCAUUGGAAAUUUAUAAAGAAAACUGGAAUGAGAUUGCAGAGCAUGUUGCAACAAAGACAAAGGCUCAGUGUAUCUUGCACUUUGUUCAAAUGCCAAUUGAGGAUGCUUUUUUGGAUUCCAAUAAUGUGGAGGACAGCGCGAAGGAAAUAGCUGACACGAGUGCAACAAAUGAAACUGCUCCUGAAACAAGCAAUGUUAAAACUGGUUCAAAAGAGGAGCAGAGUCAGACAUCUCCUAUGGAGACUUCAAACCCAGAAGCUACCAAUGAAGUGAAAGACAUUUCUGAGAAUGGCAACGAAGGAAAGGAAGCCCCUCAAGUUUCAAAAUUGGAGGCUGAUGAAGGGAAAACAAUCUCAGAAACUCCAAAACCAGAUGCUGGUGAAGGAAAAGCUAGUGAAGAAGAUGUUGCACUAAGAGCUCUAACGGAAGCAUUUGAGGCUGUUGGUUAUGCAUCUAGUCCUGGUUUAUCGUUUGCUGAAGUCGGAAAUCCAGUCAUGGCUAUGGCAAUAUUUUUUGUCAGAUUGGUUGGAGGGGAUGUUGCUUCAGCUUCUGCUCGCAUUUCUCUAAAAUCAUUGUCAAGCAGUUCUCCUGGACUGCAGCUCGCAGCACGGCAUUGCUUUCUUUUGGAAGAUCCACCAGAUACCAAAAUGGAACAAGGAGAUGGUGAUGGUGAUGUGAAAGAGAAGACUGAACAGAACGAUGCUCCCAUUGGAAACCAAGAUGAUAAGGAGCCAGCAAAUACUCCUACUUUAGAUCCAGAUGUUUUGGUAACAGCAAGUGAACCAGAUAAUGAUAAAAACAAGGGUUCUUCUACAGAUGAAAACAAAUUGGUGGAUUCUCCAAAUGAUGAAUCCAAUGAAAAGGAAAAGACUACAGAAGAAGUAGGUCUUGGAGACCGUAAAGAGGCGGGUGAAACUCACGUGUCAAGUGAACUAGGUAAUUCGGACCAACCACUAGGCACUGGGGAGGAAUUGCAACCUAAGUCGGAAUCCCCUGCAGAGUCUGUGAAGAAGCAAGAAUCCUCUACAGAGCCAGUGAAGGAGCAACAGAAAGGAUCUUCUGCUGCUGAUCAUUCUCAGGAUAAAGAGAUGGGUGAAAAUGUAGAGAUGGUGUCUGAUGCAGAGAAAAAUGAACCAUCUUCUACAUCACUGGCUGGUGAAGUCCUUGAUCAAGCUGCUGCUGUGGUUUCAAAAAAUGUAGAAGGCAAUGUGUCAGAUGCUAUUCCCAUGGAUAAAGAUGAGAAGCAGGAGCAAGUGAAACCGAGUUUGACAGUUGAAGAUAAAGUUCAACCUGAGGAUAUUGACAUGCCAUCUUCUCAACCUUCUGAACGAAAGCAUGAUGAGAAACCUGAAGGGAAGGAUGAUCAGAAACCAAUCUCUACAAGCAUAGUUAUUGAAGAUGGAGCAACUACAGGGGAGGCUCAGAAAGAUGGUAGUACGAAGGAGAAGUCUGAUUGUGCAGGGACAAAAGAUGGCUGCUGCAAGAUUGAUAAGCUAAAGCGUGCUGGAGUAGCUGCACUUUCAGCAGCUACUGUGAAGGCAAAACUUCUGGCGGAACACGAAGAGGACCAAAUUCGACAGCUUGCUGCGGCACUGAUUGAAAAGCAGUUACAGAAACUUGAAAUGAAGCUGGCUUUCUUCAAUGAUAUGGACACAGUACUUCUGAGGGUAAAGGAGCAGCUGGACAGGUCAAGGCAGAGACUUUACCAAGAGCGAGCACAAAUAAUCGCAACUCGCCUUGGUUUUCCAGCUUCAUCAUCUUCUAAACCACCUGCCCAUCCUGCUCUAGCUGCCAACAGAAUUGCAAUGAACUUUGCAAAUGCAUUUCCAAGGCCACCGAUGGGAUUGACUUCUUCACAACUGCCACCGGUUUCCAGACCCAUGGGAGGUGGUGGGGUGGGGAAUAAUGCUUCUUCUAACCCUUUUAACCCAACUGUGCCAGUAAAUUCAAUUAUGCCUUCUAGCGAGGAUACACCACUGUCUUCAGUUGAGACAAAGUAGUACUUUUGUGGGAUGCCAGGCACCCAUUGCUUAUUAGAAACCAGCCGUUAUCGGACAUCUUACCAAGUGAGUACUUUCUCUCCUGUAUGCUAACUAUCAGACAACAAUUUCUGCAACUACAUUUAGUGAAUUGUCACUUUUCUUUAUUUCCAUGCAUAUACCUAAGAGAUCUAUAACUUCCUCUGGAUGAGGCCAGUUAACUCAAAAGUCAAAAUGAUAUCUCGUUAGUUUUUUCCGUUGCUGGUCUAUUGGCGCAUCACAAUAACUGGUAAUGCUGCAUGUGUAACAGCAUCACUGAAAUCCAGAUUUUUGUUUUCCAUACUCGAACUGGAUCAAACCAGUAAUUAUAAACGGAGAAGUGUAAAUAGUUGGUGCCUGGAAUUUUUAUACCCAUUAUCGCACACUUGAAUUGCUAGGAUAAAUUCAUCAGUCUCUACUGAUCUUCCAUCCUUGUAGUGAAAUGAUUCCGUUAUUGUCGUUCGAUGUUUCUGUGAUUCAUAUAUUGUCCUUGCUGUUACUGGUGCACUGUGAACGACCGAGUUCCUUAAUUCUAACGGCUUGAUCAUAUCCACAUUCCAGUUCAUUACCAUUAGAAGGUGCUCAAGAAAGCACCCACACAAUGGCUGAUCUCCAGAUGCUGAACCCCCGUAUAUCAUGAAAAGGUUGUAUGCAAUGCAAGCAGCUGAUUUCAAGACGUUAAUGCGCUGUAAGAAGUAAGAAUCAUUGGCUAUGCUUCUUUACCUGAGCAUGAAGAUGGCGAGGCUUUCACUAUCUUAGGCCAGAACUAUAUUGUAGGGUGUUUCUUGAUGUGCAAGUAUUGUAUGUUGUAGAAAUGGCAUGUAGCUUAUAGUGUGAAUUGAUGAUGAUGAUGAUGAUGAUGAUGAUGACAGUAUUGGAGUAUUAACAGUUCUGACCUGCUACUAAUCCUGGUUACUACCAGAUAUGUAACCAAUUAGGGCGGAAAGACAUGUAGAGAAGGGGGUAAAAAAUGUCCUAUGUAUGUUCCUGAAAUUGUGAAUUGCAUAGAUUGGUCGUCUUUGUAUUUGCCUUUUUCCCCCUUUGCCUUCUCCACAGUUCAACCCAAGUGGUGUUUAUUCAAAUAAGCAAAAUCUACUGAAUUCGC